AUUAAUUUUAGAAGGUGAAAAACAAUAAAAACAAUGCAAUGUACAAACGCCGAUGAAAUUGUUCUUCUAGAGUCCCCUUUGCAAAACUGCAACCCUGUUUACAGAACCUCCAAGCCCCGACGAUGGCUCAGCAAGACGAAAUUCUCACAAACCGCAUGAUGCUUCCCGUCACCCAAAUUCAACCACCCCCACCGCCGUCCACGCAAGAGAAGCUUUCCACCAAGCGCCGCCGCGAUGAAGGGGAAUCCGCGGAAGACACUGAAGAAUCGGCUCCAAAACGGCAAGCAAAAGCUCAGGACGUAAUUUUCCGUAUCGUUGUCCCUUCGAGGCAGAUCGGUAAAAUCAUUGGGAAAGCAGGUCAUAGAAUCCAGAAGAUUCGAGAAGAAUCUAAAGCCACCAUCAAGAUCGCUGAUGCAAUUGCUAGACAUGAGGAACGUGUUAUCAUUAUAAGUUCUAAAGAUAAUGAUGAACAUAUGGUUUCUGAUGCGGAAAAUGCCCUCCAGCAAAUAGCUAAUAUAAUCCUAACGGAAGAUGAUGCCAGUAGUGAGGCAGCAAAAAUGGGUGCAGUCGGUUCAGGACAUGUCGCUGCCAAUACUAUUAGACUUUUGAUUGCUGGGUCUCAAGCAGGCGGUCUCAUUGGGAUGUCUGGCCAAAACAUUGAGAAAUUGAGGAGUUCAUCUGGUGCCACAAUAACAAUUCUUGCUCCGAAUCAAUUGCCUCUCUAUGCAUCUGCUCUUGAAUCAGAUAGAGUUGUGCAGAUAUCAGGUGAUGUUCCUGCAGUUUUGAAGGCACUGACAGAGAUUGGUUAUCAACUCAGGGAAAACCCACCUCGGCAAGUGAUCUCAAUUAGUCCAGCAUAUAAUUAUGGCUUGAUUCGGCCAGCUCAGCCAUACGUGGACCCAACUUCAGGACAACCAAUCUUGCAGCUGAUUAUGUUACGUUCACAAUGAUGAUCUCGGAGACGAUGGUUGGUGGAUUGAUUGGAAGGUGUGGCUCCAAUAUUUCAAGGAUCAGAAGUGAGUCUGGAGCAAUGAUAAAGGUUUAUGGUGGGAAAGGUGAACAAAAACAAAGGCACAUCCAGUUUGGUGGUAGUGCCCAACAGGUUUUUUUUUUGUUCUCACUUACAUGGAAUAAAAUUUAUUGAGCCCUUUUCUUCAAGUACGAAGAUUUGCAGCAAUCUGCCAUUGAAUAAUAUGAACUGCAUUGUUACUCAGUAUUUGCUUUUUCUAUUUGCGUUUGUUUUUUUUCUCCAUGUUUGAUGACAAGCUUUUUUAAACUGUUGAAAUGAUAGUUUUUAUGUUCUUGUUGUUCUAUGGUUUGACAUUGUGGAUGCACACUAGGUUGCAUUAGCAAAGCAGAGGGUUGAUGAAUAUAUUUAUUCUCAGGUGAUGCAACAAGCUGGUGCUGAACAAACAGGGGCCUAUACUUUUGGGGCGUUGCCAGGCUAGUGAAUAAGCAUUCUUCUCAGCUCCACUUCACAAGGAUUAUGAAGUUGGCUUGCUUUCUUUUCUGUAUCUGGUCACUGCUUUCUUAAUGCCCUUACUUUUUGCACCAUAAAAGUGAGUGUGUCAUGUGGUUGGUGGCUUUUCUCCAUGGAUAGACAAUGAUGGCUCAAAUUUUAGUUCUAGUUUUCUUUUUCCCCACUUUUAUGGAGGAAGGCCUUGUAUUCUAUUUAUCACCUUUGCAAGAGAUUCAUAAAUCAAAAACAAGUUGACAAACAUAAACAUUCUGUAAAGAGGGUGGUGUUUUUUUUUUUUUUGGCAGAAGGGUUGUUAGUAACUGUUUCAGCAUCUAGUUUCAACAAAUGAAAGGCAAA